AUGUACAAUUCUCUAUCUGAGGACUUUGAUGAGUGGUUAUUGAAGACAAAGAAAAUACUGGCUGUGUAUAAGAAAGAAGGAAAACCUACGUAUAUUGCACCUUUCUUAAGAGAUGCAGAAACUUGUCUUCAAGAAUUAGGCCUUGGAAAUAGAAAAAGAUGUCAACGGAGAAAUUGCAAUUAUUUUCAUGUUUGCACGUGGAACCUCAAUGGUAUGUGCAAACGUGGUGACAAAUGUACGUAUGGACAUACAUUCACUUCCGGUAACAACAAAGAAAUUAAAUGCAAACUGGGACUGAAUCGAUUUCGGGAUAAAGAAAUUCGCACAAUAUUAAAAUGCAGAUAUCCUCAAGUGUGCCCAGCAUCCCACUGUGAAGCGAACACUCCCGAGGAGUGUCCAUUUCUUCAUGUCUGUUACAACUAUAUUCGAGAUAAAUGUCAAAAUUCAUCUUGCAGCAAAGGUCAUACUUUAGAUGAUCCUCACAACAAAUGGGUUUUAUCUGUUUAUGGAAUGUCGCGAUGGCCUAGACAACAACUUGCUCGCUUAAAAGCUGUGGUUACCAUUCACCGUGGACCAAAGAGAAACACAAAUGAAGAAGAUACAUCAUUGGAAGUUGAUAAUCACGAAAAAGCUUCAGAUUCCCUCAGCUCGUCAGAAAAUUAUUUAGCAGAAGCAGGUGAUAAUCCUAUUGAUGAGAGGGUGAAAAAUUAUGAAAUAGAGCAAAAUAAAGGAGAAAGCAAAGAUGAAAGAUCGGAGGAAGUAUACAAGACCAAGCUUGAAAGACGAAAUCAAUGGGAUAAGCCAGUUGAAGACACUGAAUUCAUAGCUGCUGUUACAACUAAAAAUAAUCCAAAGAAAAAACUCGAAAGCGAGACAAAGCAUGAUGGUAGAGAUUACAAGAUUCGACUUAAUUUUCCAGAUAAUUAUGGACUUUUUAUCGAAAUUGACGGCGAGCCUUUUAGUGGUCCUGACCACCACAUCAUCAGACGUCUUUCCACAAAGUCAUUUGCUGAUAGUUUGGAAAUAGCUUCUUCCGGUUCUUUUCACACGCAGUGGAGGUGGUACUAUAAAGACAAAGCGGAUGUCUGGAUUCCAUAUGAAGGGGAUGAUUUUCAGUCCACUUUGGAGUUAAAAUAUCUGAAAGGACAGAAGACGUAUGUAUUUACCAGACUGAAUCAUGAACUAAAGUAUCGACUAAGUUUUUCUGAGAUGCAGGAAACCAACUUAAAUACACAAGCAGCUCAAGCCAUCUGUAGACGUCCAUUGUUUAUUUCAUUCCCCGAUGUGCGUGCCAAGAAUUAUUUGAAAUCUGUGAGGGUUACCGUUCUUCAUCCAGUACCUCCUGGUUGGUGUCUAUGGGAUCUCGCUCAUGAUUUCGAACAAGUGGAACUGGAACAAAUUACAGAAGAGUUUAAGAAGAUUGAGAAAGCUUUUUCACAUCGAUGA